UUUGCGCGCUGCGCCUCCGUCCCAUCCAGAGCUGCGUCCCAACCGGCUCCCCGGCGGGAAGCGAAGACAAACGGGCCAGAAGAAGAACCCAACGUCCCUCUGUAAUUAAUUAACACGAUUCUGAAACAAUGGAUGAGUGAAAAAAAAUCAGAAAAAUCCGCUGAAUUUCUCAGAGGAACGUCGCCGGCGCACCGAGGAAACUUUCUGCCCGGAUUUUCCAUUUGCUGAGGAUUGUAUUUUCUUUUUUUUAAAAUAUAUAUUUCUCACUUUUUUAAAAACAUAAACUACAGUUUUAGAUAUUUUUCUGCUUUCUGAAGACUUGUGUUGGGGAUGUUGAGCUCUGUGAAGAUGGAAGCGCACGAUUUACCAGAGUGGAAUACCUUUUACAGCGAGGCCAGCGAGAUGUAUUCCUCGCCCAGCACCAUGAACCCCGGGCUGGGCUCCAUGAGCUCCAUGAGCUACAUCAACCUGAACCCGGCCACGGCCUCCCCGGCGGGCAUGAACAUGGCGUACCCCAGCUCCAGCCUCAGCAGCUCCUCCCUGGCCUCCAUGGGAACCGGGCCCAGUCACAUGUCUCUGUCCCCGGUGGCGUCCUCCCUGUCCUCCAGCAGCCUCACCCAACUGGGCUCCACCGCCCCGGCCUCCCUGGGCUCCCUGUCCCACUACCAAAACAUGAGCCAGUCCAUGAGCCAGCUGGGGUAUUCCUCCGCCGGCUCCCUAAGCCGGCCCGGACCCAAGGAGAUCCCGCCGAAGCCGUACCGGCGCUCCCUGACCCACGCCAAGCCGCCAUACUCCUACAUCUCCCUCAUCACCAUGGCGAUCCAGCAAAGCAGCAGCAAGAUGCUCACCCUGAACGAGAUCUACCAGUGGAUCAUGGACUUGUUCCCCUACUAUCGCGAGAACCAGCAGCGCUGGCAGAACUCCAUCCGCCACUCGCUGUCCUUCAACGACUGCUUCGUGAAGGUGGCGCGCUCGCCGGACAAGCCAGGCAAAGGCUCCUACUGGACUCUGCACCCGCAGUCCGGCAAUAUGUUCGAGAACGGCUGCUACCUACGGCGCCAGAAGCGCUUCAAGAUCGAGGACAAAGCGGCCAAGAAGGGAGCCAAGAACCAGGAGGGAGCGUCGGGGAAGGGAGACCGCAUGGGGGAGGAUCGGAGUCCGACCGGUGGCUCGGAGGGAGCGGAGUCCGCCCACUCGGACAACUCCCACCCCAGCUCCUCCGAUGACCAGCCACACCAGAGGAACACCCUGGUCUCCCUGGACUGCCCCCCGCUGUCCUCCUCUCACCUCCACAGCCCGCCGGCCUCCUCCGCCUCCUCCUCCAUGUCCCUCUCCGGAUCCUCCCCCACCUCCAACUCUCUCCUCCACUCCCAAACUUUGGCCGGCGGCUCCCACCUGCUGCCCAGUGCCAUGCAGCCGCACAUGGACCUACAAAGCGACCCGCUCAAGUCACUGGAUCCCCACUACAACUUCAACCACCCGUUCUCCAUCACCAACCUCAUGUCCAACGAGCAGAAGAUGGAUCUCAAGUCCUACCAGGACCAGUUCAUGGCCUACAACAGCUACGCCAGCAGCUCGCCGGUGGGAGUCAAGCAGAUCUAUGACAGCUCCAGCCCGGCCGCCAUGGACUCAGGAGCAUACUACCAAACGCUGUGCAGCCGCUCGGUGCUCAACGCCUCCUAAUAAGGACAAACACACAUAUUCACUCACACACACACACACACACACACACACGCCUUUCUGCAAACGGUGAACCAAGAUGGAGGCCUCUCUUUCUAAAAUGGACACCGAAGCUCUUCGAGGAACUGGAAACAAACUGUUUGAUUUUCUCAAAGAAGGAAACUGUGUAGUUACACAAGAAGCGAUGAAGAUGCAGCUAACUACUUUCAUUAUAGGCAGAGUUAUUCCAACACCAUUCGUGGCGCCCGCUCUAGGGUGGCAUCCCUACACUGCAAAAGCACAAAAUCUCACUACCUACUACUUAGUGUUUUUUUUUCUAGUUUAUAGUGCAAAUAUGUCAGUACACUUGAAAUAAGACAAAACUAACUUACAAGUAAAUUUUAAGCAUGAAAUAGGAGCUUAAUUCAGUCAAUAAUUUUUUAAUAUUUAGGAAAAAGUUCUAGUUCCACUGGUGGAAUAUUCCACUCCAUCGUUACCUAGCAACCCCAGUCAAACCCAGCCUGUUACCUAGCAACCCAGUUCUAGUUCCAGACUAUUUCACUUAUUACAUGAGAAAAAUGUCUCUUUAUAAGUGAAAUAAUCUGCCAGUUGAACUAGAACUGCGUUGCUAGGUUACGAGUUGGGCUUAGCUGGGGUUGCUAGGUAACGGUGCGGUGGAAUACUCUGCUUUUUCAUAAUAUUAAUCAAUUACUGAAUUAAAACAAGCGCCUAUAUCUUGCUGAAAAGUUACUUGUAAGUUAGUUUUGUCUUGUUUCAAAUGUAAGAUAUUUGCGCUGUGACUUAGAGCGAAAAUACUUGGUGAGAUUUUGUGUUUUUGCGUCAGAUUCUGUCUCCGCAGGGCAAAAAUUAAACCUGUAUGCAGUGUAAAUAAAGGGAACAUGCAGGGGGGAGAGGAUGAGAUUUGUGUCUAUUUAUGAAGGGAAUAAAUUUUAAUAUAUCUUGCACUGAAAAAAGAAAACGGGUAAUCCAACUUAAAAAAUGAGUUAAUUUGCUACAAGUAAUCAAAUUAAGUUUAUCCAAGUAAAUAUAUUAAGUUCAUUAAAUUGUCAAAUGUAAAUAAAGUAAGCUCAUUUUGAUGUGAAACAAAUUAACUCAGUUUUUUGGAGCUGGAGCUCCGUUCUCUUUUUUUCCAGUGAAGUCGCGCCGGUUACAACCCAAAGCUCAAUUUUCAGGUUACUGCUUCAGUAAUUUCAGCGUUACAGCAAUUUUGUUUUUUCAAAACUGAAAGUCCUGAUAGAAUAAAACAAAGCAACUGUGGUAAGAAAAAGAAAAAGACUUUUAAAAAAUGUAUAAAAAGUUGUUUUCAUGGCCCAAGAUGUUCAUGUUGUUCCGUAAAUAUGGCGGCGAACAGACAGUUACCAAAAAACGGAGGGAGAGAUGCACUAAGAGGAGGAUUUACAUACAGUACUUUGCACUCUGGAGCUCCCACAGGCCAGGUGAGCUGAUAGCGUGUGUGUUGGUGUGUGUGGGCGUGUGUGUGUGUGUGUCUGUGUGUUACAUCAACGCCCUCCUUGUGUCGGAACGGGGGCUUGCGGUGUCAAGUGACCCUCCGACGUCCAAAAAGUGCCUUUUCUUCAAACGCCUGCUGAUCUGAUAAGAGAUCGAUCUGCUGAAGGAUUUUUUUUUGUUUUUGUUUUGUUUUUUUUUGCAGGAGUUUCAGGUCACAUGAUGUUUAAGUUUCAAACAGAAAUGUCUUCUAUUUAAGCUAUGUUGCUUUACGAACUCUGAAAGUGUGCUGAUAUAAUAUAUAUUUUGUUUUUUUGUUCUGUUUUUGUUGCUGUUGUUGGUGGUUUUACAUGUGAUUAAAAUGAUUCAUUUUUCUUAUUAAAAAAGGCAAAAA